UUUUCUCACGGUGCACAAAACAAUGCACACCGACGCCGAGCAGGAAAAUGCCGUGGAGCCCGAUGGGUUUCUGCGCUGUUGAUGCUCUGUGGUCAUUCUUGUCUUUGUGUUUUUUCUCGGCUUAUUUUGUUCACAAGGUUUCACUGCAGUGGCCGAAAACAUUUGAACGAUCUUGUGUUUAUGUGUUAUUCCAGGAUCUUAUUCGCUACGGCAAAACGAAGCAAAACGUACAGCGAGACAAGUGGCUGCGUGUGUUUGACGUCCCAAAGAGAUGGUUCUGGCACUUCUAUGCACUCUCUGUUGGCUGGAAUGGCCUUCUCCUGGCCCUGUCCUUCAGUGUGACACUACAGAGUCAACCGUACCCAUCAUGGUUGACUAGGAUAGUGGAGCUUCUGACUGGUGUGCCAAGGCCUGACAGCCAAGUUCCCCAGGUGUCCACUUUGCUGGUACAGCUGCUGCUCUGGCUGCACUGCCUCAGGAGGCUGCUGGAGUGCCUGCUGGUCAGUGUUUUCUCGGAUGGAGCCAUACAUUUGGUCCAGUACGUGUUCGGCUUGGGGUAUUACAUCAUGCUGGGAUUGACAGUCCUCUGUUCGGAUCAUGUGGGGCUUCAAAAAGAGGCUGGCACUCUGCUCUCCCAGCUGGACUGGCUCCAUGUAGCUGGCACUGCACUUUACAUAUGGGCCUCACUGCUGCAGCACCACUGCAUGGUCACACUGGCCAGGCUUCGCACUGGAAACUCAGGAACAGUGCAGACGCUGGCUCACAGGGUGCCAGAGGGAGGCUGGUUCAACCUCGUGUCCUGCCCGCAUUACUUUGCCGAGCUGCUGAUCUACGUCUCCUUGAGUUUGGUUUCCGGAGGCCUCUCCCUCACCUGGUGGCUUGUGGUGCUUUAUGUGCUCUUCAACCAGGGACUGGCAGCACAGCUCUGCCAUGAGUUCUACAUCAGCAAAUACAACUCAUACCCAAGACAUCGCACUGCAUUUAUACCUUUUGUUUUGUGACUUAAAUGUCAGAGAAGUGAGGUUGGGAUCUGUACACAUGGACACAUGGACAAGGAAAUCUUGGUGGAUAAAGAAACUCACAGCUCCCUCAGCAUCUUCCUGUCAAGGUGCCUUUGACAACAGAGCUUAACCCCCAGCUGAUCCAGUGGAGCAGCCAGCAGUCAACAGCACAGGACUCUGUUUGUUCUAGACGGCUCCUGGGUGUGAAUGUGUGUGUACCUGCAUAAAUGUGAAGGAUGGCAGUGCUGCACAGAUAUGCAUACUCAGCAAAACUUUUUUCCAGAUUUAAAAGUGAUUGCUCAGGAAUGCUGUGAGGAUAUGGGGUGAAAAGAAACUACGCUUUUUGUUUUGUUUUGUUUUGUUUUGUUUUUUUGUUACUAUAAGAAACAAUCUUGUACUAAUUAAAUCUUGCAAAUACAAUCAGUAAACGUUUAUGAGUGAAGAUGGAACAGUUGAUGUUUCUUUAAAUUUCUCUGUGGAGUCUGAUGCAGACUCUACAGAUGCACUUUGUUUACUAAUGUUAAAGAUGAGGCUGAGGAUAAAACCCUCCUCAGGAUCAUGCCAAGACCAACAACCUGGAACACUUUUAAAAUGCCUGUCUUGAAUCAAACGUUUUUGGUGUCAAAUAUUCACAAAAACAUAAAUAAUGGAGCAAAAUGCUGUUAUGUUCUGAUGUUAUGAUGGAGUAAAAGAGUUGUCCUGAACUCCU